CUGAGGUGGCAGGACGUGUGCUUGGGCGCAUUGACCUUUUCGCGCUUCCCGCCAAGCUGAUUUUUGGCGGGAAGAGAGCGGGACAUGUCGGGCACCGUCUCCUUGGCUCGACGAAUGUUUUCGGUAACUGCGUGAGUGGCUCUACCUGUGUUCCUCGGCGGAUGGCGCAUUGGUGUGUCGCAGUUUCCCGUGCUUCUUCUGGACAAUGCGAUGUGUAGUGGUCCUCCUGGAGAGCGGAUAAAAUGGACUUCUACGCGGCCAAUUUUUACGGUGCCCCAUGGUGUACGUCCCGGCGAAAGGUCCUGUAUCGGGCCCAGUGGCAUGGAAAUUUCAACAGGGAAUGGUUGGACGGGAUUAGCAUGACGCCGGCUCCCUUUUCAAGACAUGUCUGUUCAGCCCUAACCGAAGGCCGAGCAUCGGGCCGGAGGACACCUGUGCCCAUUCGGAUCACCACCAGCAGCUACAAGUCGCCGUGCCACUGGGUUCGCUGCAGCGGAAAGCACAUUCCGCACAACGCCGUGGCCGGGGGCGAGGAAAAAGACGGCAAGUUCAAGUUGUUCGUGGCCCGCGCCGUGCACAAGGGCGACGUGCUGCCGGGAAAAGUGAUCCCUUCCCUGGGCACCUGUUUCGUGUCUUACAAUGGCCUCGAGGCGGAGUACACCGAUUACCAGGCACUUGUCUCCGACAAUGACAACCUGGCUUGGCUUCCGGGAUCCGGGGGCGGGGUGCCCGGUGGAGCCAUCCAGGGUGGCACUACGUCCGACGGCGAGCCGCUCUACAUCGGCCGCGUCCGUCUCGAAGACGGCCUGGUCAUCGGGAAGGUGCACCCUUCGAAACAAUGCAUGUACAUUCCCUACUACGAAAAAGAGUACAAGUACGACGACUACGAGGUGCUUGUCUGCAAGACGGUCAACUUCUGAGCAGACGUCGCGCGACGGUGGUUCGGCCAUUGACGUCAGCUAUGCUCACUGUGUACACGUUCCAGGUAGCACAAAAGAGAUACGUAACG